AUGGCCAUCUCCUGCCAGACUCUGCUGAUUGUGGGAACCCUCAUGGCCUUCAUGUGCAGGAGUGUCCAAGCUUGGGACUCACCAAAUGUAGUGAGAAAAUUCCAAGACAUCCCUGAGACCUAUGUGUACGUGCAGCAGGCACUCUGGUAUGCCAUGAAGGAGUACAACAAGGCCAGCAACGAUGAGUACAACUUCAGGGUCAUGAAGAUUCUGAAGUCCCAGGAGCAGGCCACAGAUAGUUUGGAGUACUACAUUGAAGUCAAAAUUGCCCGAACAUUGUGCAAGAAAACUUCAGGAGAAAAUGAAAACUGCUUAUUUCAAAAUGAUCCCAAAAUGCAAAAGAUGUUUUUUUGCACCUUCAUUGUUGCAUCUAAACCCUGGGAAUUUGAAGUCAAAAUGCUGAAGAAACAGUGCAAAGAUGCCUAA